GCGUCACGAAUCCGCAGCGAAGGGGAGAUGCUGAGAGGACGCUUACGAGGAAGGGGCAUUUGAUAAAUGUUCAUAUCCAGAAUUUAUUUUUUAAUGAAUGUCCUUGUGGAUGAAGCGUGCACAACUGCACUCAGAUCGUCAACAUGAUUUUAAACAUAUUUUGCACGUAUCCUUAACCACACCCGGCGCUUUCUGGACCAUCAGGACUGUAGCUGGCUAGCAGGUAGGUAGCGAGGGAAGCGACAUGGAUUCAGAUGUCUGAUGACAUUUCUGCGUUGCCGGUGACAGCACUGUUAACCAUUACCGUACAGUUGACUUUACGACGGACAUUUUUGCACGAUCGUAUUGUUCCUUGUGAGAGAUAGUAAACAUAGCUAGCCAUAAAAAAUUAGUAGAACUGUCCGUAUGGAGUCAACGCAGUUCAUGUUUGCUGUGCAGUAAGCAGGAUUCUAUUGUACCGCAGAUCACAUUUCGGCACCGGCCCACUCAUCGGCUAAACGGUUAUAUCAAGUUCAGUAGUGUAGUUUACAAGAUAUGUUGUCAGACUUUAGCCAAAAAAAAAACAAAAAAAAAAACGUGUGAAUGCGUAAUCGUAGUGGAAAAAAAAAACUAUUUUAUUUAACGAAAGAAAACUGUAUGCGACGACAUCUGAGUCAUCUGAUCGGGGCGCAAUCUGAGAAAAAUUGCCAAACUGGCGUUACCAAUCUGGAGUAAAAUGCCAAGACUAGCUGUGUGUGAUGAGAUCUGAAAUGGUACGGGCAAGAUAACGCUAAAUUUGUCAGGUCUCAGUUCUCUGAUCGCUUUGUCGCUAACAUUUUGUGCAAGUCUUUUUCACGAAUGUGGCUAGCUAGUGGGAAAGAAAGCUAACGCUAACUAUAUUUACUUCAAAACAUCCAUGACAGGUCUCCUGCUGCUAGGACCUUUAAUCUUCACGCAGUAUCGACGGGAAACGUUAGCUAAAUGGUCCUAGAGAGUGUCAUAAUCCUAUAUUAAUCAAAUAUGUUCAUAAUUCUAUAUUAAUAUAAAACAAUGCCAGUCAUGGAUUGGUUCUUGGGAGUAAUACGGAUAGUUAUUAGCUGCGCUGGCUAACUGGCGUUGCCACGUACCAGACUCGGUCUAUAAGCUCUCCUGUAUAAAUUACACAGUUAAUAAAUCAAAUUGUGAGAAAUUUUUAACAUGUUCCGUUAAACCGAAAUUCAUGUCUUUGACAUGAAAAAAAGCGUAUUUGUCAUAUAUUACAUUCAGUAAGUUCGAUAAUGAGUGUGAAUUGACCCAGUCAGUGGUCUGGACGGUGCGGUGGGGUCCUUGUCAUUUUACGCACCGACCUUAUUCGCUUUCUCGUCGACGUUUGUGAAAGCUGUUAAUCCCUUGUUAAUGACUUUUCUAGUCCAUCCUGCAAAUGCAUCGUUGUCUGGAUGCUUCAACACCUUUUAUUGUAUCUGAUUGAAAUUUGCAGUCUUGAAUACAUUUGUAACCAUUCACUUGAAAAGUAAAAUUUUACUUUUAAAACUGAAAUUCUAUACAUUUUUAAAAUCUGAAUUUGAGAUGUGUUUGGAUAUCUUCAGCUCUACCACAGACUUUGAAUUAGUCAGUAAUUGUUUAAAUACUAAGUUAAUUUGGAUCAGAUUUUCACCCAGAUGCUUGUAUUUGAAUUUGCUGUAGUCAUUCUAAUGUCUUUUGGGAUUGCCAUGUCAACUGUAAUCUAACAGUAAAAAAAAAAACUGAGCAAACUAGACUGAGCGAACGAGAAAAAAGAGGGUCUUCGAAAGCAUACGGAUGUCUUUAAAUGCUUCAGUGCCCUCUGACGUCAAACAUAGACAAGCUGCACAGAAUAGAUGAUCCCCUGUCUCUCUGUCCUUCUCUGUUUCUUUCUUGGGCUGUAGUAGCACACUUCUGUGUGUGUGUUGUCUAGGGUCAGCAUUUUCUUUUUACUGUGUGGGUGUGUGCUUGUGUAGAAUACCAUGUAACGCUGUAUUAUAUUUAGCUGUUAAGGCCAGUGACUUGCACAUUCUUGCUGCAGUUCACGUAUUGCAGGUGAGUGUGUUUGCUGUUGAUGCACAUCACUGGAAGCACGUCAGGCAGUGCUGGGAAGUGCUGGGCAGUGCACAGGCUGCCCUCUCUUCAGGGUUUUUACAGCCCCACUCUUCCUGAGAGGACCGUGCGCGGCCUCUUCUGUUACUACCACCUCCUUCCAGCGCUCUGCCCCGGAUAGAUUCGCAUGUGUUCAAAUUCGGUUUCUGCUCAGCUUGUCUAAAACAAACGGCCGUGUUUGUGUGGAUGCUAGCCUGCCUUUGUCAGCAGGUGGUGCAGGGCCCUGAUGCCUGGCCUGGGCCUCAGCCUCUGCACGUAGAGGACGAGCUCGGGGCCAACCCGGAGCCAGCAUGAGCGGGGGACCGGAGCAGACCGACAUCCUGUCCACCGCUGCACUGGUCAAGGAGCGGUGGAAAGUAUUGAAGAAGAUCGGAGGUGGGGGCUUUGGGGAGAUCUACGAGGCGCUGGACCUGCUGACCCGCACUAGUGUGGCCCUUAAGGUGGAGUCAGCCCAGCAGCCGAAGCAGGUGCUCAAGAUGGAGGUGGCGGUGUUAAAGAAACUACAGGGUAAAGACCACGUGUGUCGCUUUGUGGGAUGUGGUCGCAAUGACCGCUUCAACUAUGUUGUGAUGGAGCUUCAGGGUCGUAAUUUGGCAGACCUAAGGAGGAGCAUGACCCGUGGCACAUUUACGAUCAGUACCACCCUCCGAUUAGGUUGCCAGAUCCUCAAGGCCAUCGAGAGCAUCCACUCCGUGGGCUUCCUACAUCGCGACAUCAAACCGUCCAACUUCGCCAUGGGUCGAUUUCCAAACACCUCCCGCACCUGCUACAUGCUCGAUUUCGGUUUGGCACGUCAGUUCACUAACUCAUGCCAGGAGGUCAGACCGCCCCGGCCUGUCGCUGGCUUUAGGGGGACGGUACGAUACGCUUCCAUCAACGCUCACAAGAACAAGGAGAUGGGCAGGCACGACGACCUGUGGUCUCUGUUCUACAUGCUGGUGGAGUUCCUUGUGGGGCAGCUCCCGUGGAGGAAGAUCAAAGACAAGGAGCAUGUGGGGAAGCUGAAGGACACCUAUGACCAUCGGCUCAUGCUCAAGAACUUGCCCUCAGAGUUCAGUGUCUUCCUGGACCACAUUAGCAACUUGGACUACUUCACCAAGCCAGACUAUAAGCUUUUGAUGGCGGUGUUUGAGGAUAGUAUGAAAACCUACAACGUAGUGGAGAAUGACACCUACGACUGGGAGAGGGCAGGUGUAGAUGGUACCGUGAGCGCGUGUGCUGCCGCCAGCACGCCCCAGCACCACACACGCCUCACGCCGGCCCAUCUGGGGAUGGCCAACGCCUCGCUGGUGCCGGGGGACCUCCAAAAGGAAAACACAGAUGAUGUUCUGCAGGAUGAGCAGCUCAGUGAUGGAGACAACAACGCGGCCCCGGAGCGCCCACCCGCCUCUCCCGUCCUGUGGGAGGACCUGGACCUCAACCGCAACCGGAUCCGCCCCACUGGCUGGAAGGGACCCAUGGAGGAGGGGCACAAUAACCAGGGCAGUGGGAGCCCCCGCGCCGGCGCCGGCUCUCCCGUGUGGGUGGGCUCCGAGGGGGUGCCCCCGGACAGGGACGGCCCUCUUCUGAGGAUGCUGCGUAACGGCCACGGCUUUGAGCUUGAGAAGAGGCUGAACCUGGAGCCCAAGCCCAACAGGGAGUGUCUUGCCGAGGCAUGCAGCACCGGGAAGCAGGCAUCUGGAGCAGCGCGCGAGACGCCGGUCCGGGCCGAGCGGGUGUGGCACUACGACGAGGAGCUGCGUCUCUCCGGCGGGGCCUCACCCAAGCCCUCCACGCCCGGCUCUCCAGAGCAAGGCGACGGGGCGGCCAGCAGCGGCUUCGUGGCCCUGAACCUCAGCUCGGGCCAGCAGGACGUGGACUCCCAGGACUGGGUGAAGGUGGAACCGCCAGACAGCAGCCCCGGGCCCGACGCCAAGCUGACCGGCAGCCCCGAGGAGGAGCCCGAGGUGCUGCAGACCGCGGAGGAGUCUUCGGACAAGGGAAGACCCAGCCACCAUGACGCGGCGGUGCCCGGAGUGGAGAGGCUAGAACUGAGGGUGGAGGGCACGGGGGCCGUGGGUAGCCUGGCCCCCGUCACCCCCACCAGCCCCGCUGAAGCACUGGCGGAGGGAGCACUCACACAGCUCCCCACCUCUCCUCCGUCUCUGCCGGAGGAGCCGGUGGUCCGGACGAGCAGCCCCCUGCUCCUACGCUCACCCAGCCCGCACGCGCUCCUGACCACGCUGUCCGACCCACUACUGCAGCCGCGCUCGCCGCCGGCCCUGCGCCGCAGCCAGUCGGCUGACCACCGCCGCCGCCCUUCCUCCUCUUCCUCUUCCUCGUGCCACGCCUCCCUACUGCCGCUGCCCCAGGCCCACCACGCCUGCUCCCCUGGCCACAGGAAGCUGCCCGCCAUCCCGCCGGGCGCCGCCAACGCCAAGUUCCCCUCGGUCAUACGCAUCACGCGGGCCCAGCUACAGCAGCUGACAGCUCAGCGUCCCUCUGUGCUGUCCUCCCAGUCAGCGUCGGAUAGUGUGCAACAGUGCCCCCUGCUGGAGAAGCAUGAUAACUGCAAGAAAGCAGCGCAGCCCCAGACUGUCACAGCAGAGGUCCACUCGCCUCAGGAAUUGCCUUCCCCCCGCUCCCAGCCCGCCAGCCUUUCGACCGCUGGCGAAGCUCCUGUGACGAACGGAGACGGACCCUCCCAAGCGCCCAGCCCGCUGUCCAUCCUGCAGACCUCACCACACUCCCCACACAGCCCGGUACUGACAAACGGCCACGACCCCCUUCUCACGGACGCUCAGAAGAAGCAGCCGUCUGAGCCCGAGGUCCCUGACGGAGGAUCUGGCUGCCGUGCUGUCGCAGACCCCCCUGCGGAGGAGAACAGCGCCCCCCUGGCUGAAAUCGCCAGCCUUGCCCUGUCCCUUCGAGCCACGGCUCCGGGGCGGGACCCUGCCCGGCGGCCGAGCCGCAUCCCCGUGCUGGAGGCCUCCAGACUGUUGCAGGACCCUCCGCCAGGCUCUGCCAAGGAGAAGCUGCUGCAGAAGAGAGCCCACCACGUCCCGCCCUCACCAUGCGCCUCGCCCUCGCGCUCCUCGGACCGCCGCUCCGUCCUGGCUGCCCUCCAGCGUGAUCAGCUCACCUCCCCUUUCGACCGCUCCCACGACGACGAGUCCUUGCAGGGCUCGCGCUCCGAGCGCCAGGCGGGCGACGACGCCCCCUCUCGCUCCUUGUCCUCCAGCCCUCUGUCACGCAAGAGUAAGAUCCCCCGGCCUGUGAACCCCACUUCCACCCAGGAGGCGCUGGCCAGCCAGUUUCUGCCACGCCCCCCUCCCGGCAAGCCCCCCAGACGUACCUCUGUGGACGGCAGGCUGCGGCGGUUCCGGAUCCGUGCGAGCAGCACCAGUGACUCGGACCUGCUGAUGUGCCUAGCGCAGCUGAUGCAGGGUAGCUCGGGCCGCGCCUCGCCCGCCUGUAGCCGCUGUUCUCCGCAGCCCACAGGUCCCAGGCUGGUGUGCGUGAGCCCGUCGGGCUCCGCCCACCACCACCAGCGCAGCUCCAGCGCGUCACCCCGCAGCUGCUCCUCCCUGCAGCGCUCCGCCAGCUCCUCGCCCUCGCGCCACGAGCCCCGCGCGGGCCGGCCGGGCUCCUCGGGCUCACCUCCCCCGCGCCGCGCCCACGCCCAGGAGUUGGGCUGCGGGCGGCAGGCCCGCUCCGGUUCCCUCCGCUCUCCACGGGCCAAAGCCGGCACGCGAGAGGCCAAGUGCUCCAGCAAGCUGAGCAGAUAGUGGGCCACGCCCGCUGCAGGCUCCACCUGCUCCAGUCGUGAGUGGACCAGUGGGGUCGGUACCGGUGGGGGGUGCAGGCCUGGCAGCAGUGGGUCCUCUUGUUUGCCCUCGCCUCGGUAACAACAGAGCUGAUGAGAAUAUAUUCCACAUACAGGAUCCAGUCUUGCUACCGCGCAUCCUGUUUUCAGCUCAUUUGUUUAAGUUAGAUAAGGGACAGGAUGAUACCCUUACACUAUUGUCAGUAGCCUUGUUUGUUUUAGAAGAGAGGAUGGCUACUUUCAUUGUUACAGGAAUUAAAUGGCCAGUUUUCAAAAUUUGUUUUUAGAUUCUUUGUUGUUUUAUGGGUUUUUUUAUUUGUACCUUAAGGCAUAUCAUGUAGCUACAGCACUAAUGCAGAAGUUUGUCUGUUCACGAGAUGCAUGGGUUUGUGUACUUGCAUUGAGCUCCGUCAGCCUGAAAUAUAGUAUUUAAUGAAAUAGUUAUUUGGGCUAGAAUGCAUAUUGCAUCCCACUGAUUGGUGCAGUGGCAGGUACACUGACAGAUCAUCGGAGUUUGAUGUUCUGAUUGGUCGAUGCCAUCACUAUUCUCUUCUCUGUGUGAGCUCUGGGCAGCUCUCGGUCCAAACAGCACGUACAUCCAGUCUCGGGAGUGUGGCGUGUACGGACAAGCCGUAGUGCUUCUUUUUCCACAAAGUAGUCAUCGCCGAAGCAAUCGUUAAAAGUGUCUGAAACACUUUAAUAUGUGCCUAAGGAGGUGUGACUUUGGAUUAUGGGUAAACAAGGUUCAAGCUUUCACAAUCAGGUUACAGUGGUAUUAUUUUUCUGCUGUUGUUUUUGUUUGUGUGUUUUUUGUUUUUGGAGCAACCAGUUUUAUACAGCAUUAAUCGUAUAAACACGUAGUUAUGCAUGUGGUGCUCAUUCCCACUCAUUUGAUUAGUUCCACCUCUGAAAGCUCCUUGCUUGUGUGUGCAUGACUGCAGGUCUGUCUGCUUUCUGGGCAAAUGAGACUCUGUACCUGCACUCUGAAGGUUCAAAGUGAUUAUUAUUAUUUUUUUUUUUGGAAUCUCCCGUUUCACACGGCACUGUUGGGACAAAUGAAUCUUUUAUUCACACCUGGCUCAGAGAGGGAAAAUCGAGGACAUUUUCAUGCAGUUCUGAGGCAUCAUGAACUUGGGUGUCGCUCACAUUUUGACUAGAAAGCUUUGAUCAAAAUUUCACCAUGUCAGCUAGAGAGCUCUUUUUUAUAUCAUGAAUUUACCCUGGCAAUACUGGGGAAAAAAAAGAGUCCUUUUAUAUAUACUGGUGUAGCAUUACUGCAGUCAUUCAGUUAGAGGCUGUCCUCUAGGGUACAUUCUCAGGUCUGUUUGUAAAGGUCUGUGCUGUUUGUUCAUUGGCUCCAGUCACUGACCUCUCUCACACUUCCUGUGGUUCCACCAUGUCGACCCUCGCAGUCCAGCUCAUAAGAUGCCAUCAUGUACCAUAACUCUUGCUUUACAUGCUGCCGUCUGCACACACUCAAGACAAAAGAGACUCCACCGCUAACAACAACUUGAAUAACGCAAGCUACCUGUUGUCAUAUGUAUGAUACUGUCAUCAUGUAAAUAGGCUCAAUGUUUGGGAUUUUACUUGACUUUUAUAUUUUUAUUUUAAUGGCUUGGUUGGAUAUUAUAGGUUUCAACUCCGCUCUCUUUGAUCUGCACUCCCAUACUCAUUUUGACUGUUUAAGGUUUUUUUUUUUUGAGUAUUUACCCACGUGGCAAUGUUGUAGCUGUUGAGCAACUGAUUGAUUAAUAUAUAUGGGGCUCUAAAAAGAUGUAAGAUGCACUGGUACAUGUGGAAUAUCUAAGCAAGUGAACCUUUAAUGGCAAAAAAAGGAAAUCUUUUCCUUAACCAAGUAUCUUGUUUAGCCGGGCAGAUCUCCCUGAAGCAGCUAACCCUCCUCUUCUGCAUUAAUACUCUAGAUAGUCGCCUUAAUAAGUGUGUUUGUGUAAGAUCUAAGGUCAGAGGUCUAGUCUAGGGUCAGAGGAGGUUACAGAAUACAGACCACUACCAUCAAGUGAGAGUUUUGAACUAAUCAAUAGGAUUUCUGUGCCAGGCUUUGAAUAUAGUAUACAAGCUGCAAAAAUGGAAGGAGAUUUAAAGUUGAGGCACUUUAAGACUGCUUACAGAAGCAUUCCUGCUAGUUACACUUCAGUAUUCCAGCUCAGAGUACGUUUAAAGUGCUUGCUUGUUUUUGGCUGAAUUGUUUCUUCAUAGCGCAGCAGGCAGGAAAGUUCAUCCCGUGUCGAGUCUUGGAUCAUAUAUGAGCACUCCAGACAGACUUGUUAUUGUUAUUAUAUGUUUUGUUAUUCUUCUCAGAUUUAAGUGUACAGUGUCUUGAGUUUUUUUAGAACAGAUUUUUUUCUUAAGUUGCACAUUAAGGACAAUUUAUUUUACAGAGUACCUGUGAUCUACUGUCACUGACUUUUUUAUAUUUUAAUUUGUAUAAGGAUUUAGGAAAUUAAGCAUAAAUGGUGAAAUAUUUUGAGAACAGUGAUUGAUUACUACUGUGUCCCAUUGAAGGAAGAAGUCAAGACUGUGAAGCGCUUUACUUGCCGUAGUAGAAGAUCCACAGCACUUUGUGUUGCUUUACGUGAGACUCUGUAGGGUAGUCACCUCAUUUGACCUCUUUUAAGGGAGGCUGCAUUUGUCAGUAUAUCAAAAGUGUCGAUCUUUAUAAAGUCUUAAUGCGUAAGAACCUUACCUGUAUGCCAUGCUUCCAGCUGACUUUGCAUUACCUGCUGUACUAUUCAUCUGCAUCUCAUUUGAUGUCCUACUUCGUGUUCCACGUCACUGCACCAUUAAACUGAAGAGUGGUACAUGAAUGUUGCAAGGGGUUGAGUCCUCUUUUACUAAUUCUGAUUCUAUAACAGUUUGAUUGGUUGUGGUAUCUGCUGAUCAGUGGUGGUAAUAUUUCCUGGAUGAGGUCUGUUACCUGUUCUGUUUGUUUUAUAAACCAGGUCACAAUGUUAAAGAAUUGAAAUAUCACUGUACAGCCUCAAAAAAAAAAAAAAAAAAAAAAAA